UCCAGUAGGCCAGCUCCCGUACCGUCGUCCGGGCCAUGAACAGCCGGUGAUUGGUCAAGAUGAUAAGGAGGACUUACUUUCCCAGUAUGGUGCAGGCUAUCACUGUUCUUACCGUGCUCAAGAUGCUUACCAACGCCCAAACAUCAUGCAACCAGGGCGCAGGCCGCGUGGUCUAUGAACGGCUUCCGGACCAACAACUGCAAGGCUUUGACGAUGAUGUGGUCAGAGAUACGUCUCCACCAUUCAGAGUGCUUGAGAAGUGUCAAGAGCUCUGUCUCCGGGAUAGAACUGCAGCCAACAAUCUCGUUAGAACUUGCACUUCCUUCGACUUUCAACCAGGGAGUCGGAUCGCCUCCUUCAGUGGCAUUGUGGAGUACGAAGAGUCUACCUGCUACUUGACUCGAGAACAAGCACACCCAGAGGGCAUCGGCAACCUGGUCCUUGUACCCAACAGCGUCCACUAUACAGAAGUCUGCCUAUCAUCAAGCCGCAUUGAACGGGAAUGUCCAAACAGACAUUAUGUGUUUGAGCGCCAUGCACACAAGAAGUUGAAGUUGCCAGUAAAUGAGAUCAAGGAGGUUGUGGCAGCAAACCGCACUGACUGCGAGGACAGGUGUCUGAAUGAGUUCAACUUCGUGUGUCGCUCGGUCACGUACGAUGCCACUGCUCGAAGUUGCUGGUUGAGCAGGUUUACUAGAAGAUCUCAUCCGGAACUGCUCGAAGAUGACCCAAAUUCAGAUUACCUUGAAAAUACUUGUCUCAAUGCUGAACGAAGGUGUGAUGGCCCAAUCAUCUUUGUCAAGGAGGAGAACAAAAGACUUGGAGGUCCUUUUGAAGUUGACAUCUACACUAACUUAUCACUCAUCGAGUGCCAAGCACAAUGCUUGAGAGCUGAAAAGUACUUCUGCCGCUCAAUAGAAUAUGAUGAGCAGAUCAGGAGGUGCAUCAUAUUUGAGGAAGACUCCAUGUCUCAGAAGGAUGACCUCAGGACUAGCAGUAGUCCAACACACGACUUGUACGACCUAGUCUGCCUCGACAGCCUGUCUGAUGCAGCUAAAGGGAGUGAGUUCCCUGAGAACUCCGUAACCUCCCAUUUAUUCUCGGGUGGAAGAAGACCAGACACGGCGUUCCAGAGGUACCGGAACUCUAGACUGGCAGGAGCAGAGUUCCACUCGGAAAUCACAGGUCGGUCGUUGAGUGAGUGCCUGGACGAGUGCCUCCGACAAGCCAGCUUCCAGUGUCGAUCUGCAAUGUACAGUGAGAGGUUCAGGAUCUGCCGACUGAGUCGCUUCAACCAGCGAGACGGCAUCAGGAUCAUCUAUGACGCUGAUUACGACUACUAUGAAAACCUGAUGAAUUACUAUGGAGAUGGUGGUGGCUUGGAGAGUGGGGGAGGAGGAAGUACCCACCAUCGACCUGAUGUUCUUGGUUCAGAUACAAGCUUUCAUGGAUUUGGACGACCCCAUUCAUACACACCUACAGGUGGUGUGGGCUAUGGUGCAGCAGGACCUGUUGGCAGUUUUGCAUCUCCUGGGGGCAGUUACGGAGCAGUAGGGAGUGGCUACAGUGGGGGUGGAGGAUCAGGAGGCUACGGGGGAGGCUAUGGGGCAGGAUACGGAGGAGGAGGUGUGGGAGCCGUCGGAGGGUAUCCUGGUGGUGGAUACGGAUCUGGAGGACACUCCUUUCCUGCAGAUGGUCCUGGACUGUGGGGUCCCCCAGGGGGAGGUGUGGGAGGUGUCGGUGUGGCGGGGGUGGGAGUUGGUGGAGUUGGAACAGGUGGGGUAGGAGGAGUUCCACCAGCGGCAGGUCAUGGAGCUGACUUUGGAGGUUAUGGGGCUGCGGGGCCUGUUGGAGGACCAGGGGUGGGUUAUGGUUACGGGGCCGGCCAUGCUGGGUUUGGUCACGGUGUAGGGGGCGCCGUUGGCCCUGGCUCAUUUGGACACUUUGGACCUGCCGGACCCUUCACUACUCGCUGUGAUGAAGGAGAUACCUACAAACAGGUUGGAGUGAGGAUGAGAGCUCGUCGUCAAUUUGUCCGCAGAUUUCUCUCGGUGCCUUCACUCGCCGUAUGUGAAAGAGCUUGCACUGAAGCUCAGGACUUCAUCUGCAGAGCCUUCAAUUUUAGACCUUACACAACUCCUUUUGGUCCACCUCGGGACAACUGUGAGCUCAGUGACCAUGAUUCUCGGGACUUGAACCCCACAAACCCCGCCUUCUUUGAGACCAAUGGAGAGUAUGACUUCUACGAGAGGUCCACCGCUCGCUCCGGCCCUGGGGGAGAAUGUCUGGAUGUGAAUCAAGUUUGUAGUGAAGAUGGAAUGGAGUUUACUCUGCGGACACCAGAGCCGUUCGUAGGGAGGAUAUACACUUACGGCUUUUACGAUCGAUGUUUCUACCGAGGCAACGGAGGGACUGUCAAUGUACUCAGGAUCAGUGGCGCCCAGGGUUAUCCUGACUGUGGGACGCAGAGGUAUGGUGAUACGAUGACCAACAUCGUCGUGGUGCAGUUCAGCGAUUACGUACAGACAGGCAGGGACAAGCGCUACAAUCUCACAUGUUUAUUUCGAGGACCUGGCGAAGCCGUUGUCACAUCCAGUUACAUGACUGCCAACUCCGGAAGCCCCAUUCCAAUCGAGUAUCUACCAGCUGAGAACUCUCUCAGUUCACGAGUGCGACUGUACAUUCUCUUCCAAGACCGUCCGACCAACACCAUAGCCGUUGGAGACCCCCUUACGUUCCGAUUAGAGUCGCAGGAGGGAUACAACUAUGCUACCGACAUCUUUGCUACGAAUGUCAUCGCUCGUGAUCCCUACUCUGGUCGCUCAGUACAACUCAUAGAUAGGUUUGGGUGCCCAGUGGACAACUACGUCUUUCCAGGGCUAGACAGGGCCAGAGAGGGUAAUGGACUGGAGGCCAGAUUCAACGCUUUCAAAAUCCCAGAAUCUAACUUUUUGGUGUUUGAAGCUACGGUAAAAACCUGCCGAGAAGGAUGUCAGCCGGCAUACUGCACGGCUCCAUCUGGUAAGAACGAGCCUUCCCUUGGGAGGAAGCGCAGGGAGGUGGAUAGUGAACCUUCCACUGAAGUGGUUGAGGAGGGAAAAGCAGACAACUCGACUGAAGAAGAGGAGCAAGUCAGGGAAAUGAUUGAGGUGUUUGAAUCACGCUAUGACAUGCCCCAGCAAGAACGUUUGGCAGAGACUGCACGACUUCUUAUGCAAAACGUUUGUCUCACAACCAGGGAAUAUUACGGACUGGUGUUUACACUAGUCUUUUUGUUCCUGCUCCUAAUUGGUUCUGUCACCUCAUCAGCUGUUUAUUACAAGAGAUAUUGGACGAUGUCAAAGAAAAAUAAACUAGCGAACAGCAGCAGCCACCUCCAUGAGGAUGUCUCCUCUGGAAGGCAGAGCAGCAUAUUUUCUCUAUUGAAUCCUGGACCUCAAAAAACCUUCUUUAGUCUGAGAAGUCGGUCUGUGGCGGAGCCAGGACCUCGAGCUUCAGAGAUGGGGCUGCCAGGGGUGUCCUCCAUCCUCAAUGGCAACAUGUUCCAGGACCCCAGUGAGCCCAUCUACACAGACCCGAGUCUAUUUGAACGGUCCCGCAGCCUCAGAAGCAUUGCCAUGUCCCAGAACGGCCACACACUCAGCAAAGAAGAUAUCUCCAACUUGUGCUGAGAGGCUAAACUCUAAAGACUUUAGAUUCCCAAGAAUGGACCGGUGUUAUGUGAUAGGCCUUUAGAUAGCUCAAAGCCGGCUUUUUGUAACCAGUUGUACCUUGUAGCCGAGGCGAGUAAUUGAGUGACGGACGGUGGGGGAGGGGGCUCUCGAGUUGCGAGAGAUCUCCUCUCCAGGGGUUUGCACGACUUUCUAGCACUUCGGUUUUGGGUAUCUCUCCACCGUCCGUCACCCUGUUAUAUCCCUUCUCUUAAAGCUCAAAUUUCAUCUAUUUAUUUUAACAGUUAAAGGAUAUUGAAACAUUCAAAAUUACAAUUAGUUAGAUUUUAAUGAGUUAUAUACAAUUUGUUAUCUGAUCUCAAUCUAGAAACAAUAUUUUGGUUGUCUAUUAUAAAAGUUUGUCCCUUAUCCAAACACAUCUACAAGGUUUAUAAAUUUGAUUUUCCUUCCGAAAUCUUGUAUAUUUUAUUAAUACAUAACUUUUAAGCUGCUUUAAUAUUAGUUCGUUAAGAGCAAUAGGUUAUAAAAUGUAAUUGUUUAUAGAAAAAAUUUCAUUCACCUCUGAUAUCUUAGACAUUAUUUGCCAAAAUAAUAAUUCAGAAUUAAAAUAACUUAUAUAAAAACUGCUAUUAGACUAUGUAUGAUAUGAACAUUUAUUUUACAUAAUGAUGUAAUAUGUCUCAUAAAACUGAAUGAUCUUUACCCACACAUCAGUGAUGUCUUUUUCGUCAACAGGCCAAUCAGUUGUUAUUCUUACUGAUCAUUACACUCAUACCACUAUGUCUCCAAGCUCCAAUAAUAAUAUGAUUAAAAGUAUACUUUAAAAAUAAUAUGGCUUACAUUUCUAUUGCAAAAAUGAAAAAAGGUGCUAUGGUGGCCUACAAAUUUAGUUAGUUAAAAUCUUUUAAGAUUAAUCAACAGCAUGGUUUCAUGAAUAAUUGCCGUAUGAUUUUUUUCUAUUAAACCGAGAUGACAGAUCAACUGCCAUCUCACUGCCGUUUACUUACUGCCAGCUAUUAACUGCCGAGUAUUAAAUGGUCAAUUAUGACUCUUCAAAUGUCUUAGUUUUACUAGGGGACAUCAGUUUGUAUAAUUGCACAAGAAAUGACCUUUUAUUGAAUCACUUUUAACCAAAUGGACCGAAUGCAACUACAGUAAUUUACAAGAGAAAAUUACAUAGAAUAAAAAUUGUAAAAAUGUCUUUAAAUAAUGUUUCCACCUACAGUUGGUUACAGCUUGUUAUAGAUUAUAACUGAGAUAUUACCUAGUUAUAAUUAAAGUUCUUGUAAGUCUACUUCUAGGUUUAAUGUUGUAAUUACUUUUGUUUGUAUAAUGAAUUAAUUCCUAAAAUAAGAUUUAAAUGUUAAAUAUCAAUGAACUAAAUCUAAUAAUAUUGUUAGUGUUUGAUUUACAAUCUAAUAAAUAUUU